AUUUUUCUCAAGUUUGAAAAGCCAUUCUGGAAUUUGCACGGUACAGAUUACUUUGACUCAUUUGAGUUGUUGUGGUUAGAUUCCCACUCUAUUUCUAUCAAAAGUGACAGGUGCCAGAAGAAAACCAGGUUUGGCAAGCCAUGGUGGUAUGGGAUUCAAUCUGUGGAGACUGUACUUGAUCAGCCAAACAUGUUAGAGUUUUGGCUCACUCUGGAUCAGGUUGAAAUCGUUGAGGCUCUGGAAGACAAUGAGGUGAUUGAUGUUUGUCAUGAACUCCUGCAACACUUCCUUAGAGAGUAUGGAAACAUUCCCAAACCUGUAGAAAUCUACAGAACGAAAUGGCUGUCAAAUCCCUUCAUUCGUGGUACGUACAGUUAUCCCACAUGCGAUAUUUGUGAGGAAGAUUUGUUGCAUCUGGGAAGGCCAUUACCAUCCCCUGAGGUAAUCGCAAGGUUUGCGUUCAAAGUUACUUGGAAGGCUUUUUCGUGCUGA